AUGGUUGCGUCGUUUUGCGGCCGUUCGUUUGACGAUGGUGAAACAAACGAAAUUGCACAGCGAAUACGUCGUGCCACUGCCAACAUCAACGUUGAAAUUGAAACUUUACUGGAAUUCCUUACGCAUAAAGGCGCUAUUGGUAUCGAAAUCAUGCCAUGCUUUAGUACUGGAUUUACUGAACUUUUUCCAUUGCACGUCACAUUUUAA